AACAGUAAUACGAAAUUUUUCAAAUUUUCAGUGGAAGAGUUUUAAUUAUAAAUAUAAGCUUAACUCUUACAAUCGCCGAAUUAAUUUUAAUUUAAUUUUGCCGACGAGAAAAGAAGAUAAGAGCGUGGAAACAUUAAAUAUUAAAUAAUGUACUGUACAUGAAAAAAAUUGAAUUAAUUAAAUUUGUUUAUAAAUCUGUGUUAAAAUGUUUAUAAUAAAUAAUAUAUCAAGUUAAAUAUUUAAGACGAUGCCGAAUAAUAAAUCGGAUGUGGGUUGGUUAAAAGUAGAGAGGAUCGGUUUACUUAAAUUUUCUUUCCAUUCCGCUACUACCGGAAAUACGUAACGUAAAAGUGCGAGUAAAGAUAACCGAAAGGAUCGGAUUGAGGUGCACGAGCAUGGCUUGCCGGCUUCUAGACAGAGGUUUAAUUGAAGAUGGAUUUUUUGAUAAAUUUGAUUACAUUCUGACAGACUGUGACGGUGUUUUAUGGAAUGGAAAUGAUGCUUUACCAGGAUCAGCUGAAACAGUUAAUGCAUUAAGAAGCAAAGGAAAGAAAAUAUUAUAUGUUACAAAUAACAGCACUAAGACUAAAGAAGAUUACGUAAAAAAAUGUGAGAAAUUAGGUUUUAUUGCUUCUGUGGAUGAAAUGUUUCCCACAUCCUUGUGUGUUGCAAUUUAUUUAAAAUCUCUUAAUUUUGAUAAAUUAGUUUAUGUAAUUGGCAGUGCAGGGAUUGUCAAAGAACUUGAAGCUGUAGGAAUUUCUUGUCUUCCUAUUGGUCCAGAUCCGAUAUCUAAUGAUUGGAUAGAAUGGGUGAAAAAUCUUAGAAUUGAUCCUAAGGUUGGAGCAGUUGUUGUUGGUUUUGAUGAACAUAUCAGUUAUCCAAAAAUGAUAAAAGCAGCAAGUUAUUUAAAAAAUCCUGAUUGUUUAUUUAUAGCCACUAAUACUGAUGAACAAUUUCCUUCAAGUACUGACUUGAUUAUACCAGGUACUGGUACUUUUGUGACAGCAAUUAAAACUGUUACUGGAAGAAAUCCAAUUGUAUUAGGAAAACCAAAUAAAUAUAUGUUUGAAACAAUAAAAAUACAACAUCCUAAUAUUAAUCCUAGCAGAUGUCUUAUGAUUGGUGAUAGGUAA